AGAUUACUGAAGAUUAGGCUGUAUGGCUCAGUACCUUUGCCUUUCCCUGAGUGGGAUAAAUUAAACUACUACUACUACUUACCUAUAAGAAUCACCAAUUGUUUAAUUUGUUUACAUUUGUUUUUCAUUAUUAUAAACUUCAUAUUUGAUUCGUAUUGUCAAUAAUUUCUUUUUCUGAGAUUUCCUUCCAAGUAAUAUUCUAGAAAAAGGUUUAUAUUAUAAAUUAUACAAAAGCUACAUCAAUAGUUUGAAAAACAUGAAGGUUUUUAUGGCUGAAGAUAACUUGUGUGCACAAAAUUUACUAAAACUAGUGUCGCAUGGCAAUGCUAUAUUAGCAGAAAUAUUAAGGCUUAAAGAUCACAAACCUACAAUUUAUUUAUUAGAAACCAAAGAGCUGCAACAAAAAUAUCAAGAUGUUAUUAUGGACUUCAGUUAUUUUAAAAUUUCAGAUGCACAAGAAAAGAAAAUUUCUAUGAAUUUGAAAUUACAAGAUAUGGAUGAUGACUUAAAAGAAAAAUAUUUAGAGAUAAUAUCACGUUUCUAUUUACUAUUUGAAAAUAUAUAUCAAUAUAUAAUUGAUUUGAAUGCUUUUAUUGACCAACUACAUGAUAAUGCAUUUAUUCAACAAAAUAUUGAAACUGUAAUGAGAGAUGUUGAGGGAAAACAACUUUUGUGUGAAUCACUUUAUCUAUAUGGCGCCAUGUUGUUGUUAUGCGAUUUCUUCAUACCGGGACCAGUCAGAGAGAGAUUACUAGUUGCAUUUUAUAGAUACAGCACCAAUCAGUCUCAGACAAAUAUUGACGAUGUUUGUAAAUUACUCAGAGACACUGGCAAUGAUCAAUCACAUGGCAAGAGACCAGCCGAUUAUCCAGUUGAAUAUUUCAGCCGAAUCAACAUUCGUCCUGAUUUUAUAGAUAAAGUUAUUGGAAAAUUACGAUCUGAAGAUAUAUAUAAUCAACUGGCAGUUUACACUAUACCUGAGCAUCAGCCUUCAGCUCUAGCAACACAAGCAAACAUGCUUGUGGUAUGUUUAUUUUUCAGUCCACAUUAUCUCCACACAGACACUUCAAAAAUGAGAGAAAUAGUAGAUAAAUUUUUCCCUAGUAACUGGAUUGUACCUGUUUACAUGGGAGUUACUUUAAGUUUAAUUGAUUAUUGGGAGAAUUUUAAAGCUGCAAAAUCAGCACUUAAUAAUACUUGUAACAGCAAGAUGAUAAAAGAGAUAUUUGCCAAGAGAGGUAGUUCUGUUGAAUUGUUAAUAAACAAAACUCAUUAUCUUCUAAAAGAAGGAACUUUAACUGAAGAUUAUUUGUUGGAUAAUAUAAAUAAAGUAUUAAAUUUACUAUUAAAUUCAAAUCUAGUAGUGCGUUGGCUAAUGUUACACACCAACGAUGUUAUAUUUUACGAUAACAAUAAAAAGAGUAAACAACUAAAAGAUUUGGUUUUGAAAGAAUCUAACUAUGAUCCAUUAAAAUUGCUUGAAUUACUUAUAAGUACUUCAGAAUUGGAGUUAAAAGUUCGAGACAUGUUGAAAAAAUUACUUGAAAACAGAAAUGAAUCUUGGAAUGCCAAUAAAGCUCUCGCUCUAGAAGCUAUAAAUAAUUUAGCAGAAUUAUUUUCUGGUACUAAACCUAUCACUAAAAUCCAAGAAAAUGAACAACUUAAACUUUGGUUUGACAAUAUCGGUAAACAAAUUGCUUCGUUAAGUGAAUCUAUCACAACAAAGUCGAUAAAGAAGAUUACUCAAUUGAUACAAGCAUUAGAUGAAGUUGAAGAAUUUCAUGGCAUUAAGAGCACUUCAACAAUAAUACAAUACCUUUCCGAAAGUAAAGAAGCAUUAAAAAAUAUAUUGAGGACCGCAACUAUAAAAGAAGAUUCAUUAGUGACUUUAGAAACAGUUGCGGAUGUUAGUUACGCUUGGUGCACUAUAGAUGGUUACACUAAAUUCAUGCAAGAUAGUAUUAAAGAAAAUCCUGCUGUGACAAGUAGACUUAGGGCACUUUUUCUAAAACUGGCCAGUGCCAUGGAAAUUCCAUUACUCAGGAUAAAUCAGGCAUAUAGUGAUGAUUUAGUUUCUGUUUCCCAAUAUUAUAGCAAUGAAUUGAUAAAAUAUAUACAAAAAGUCUUACAAAUUAUUCCUGAAAUGGUUUUUAGUAUUGUAGAAAAAAUUAUAGAUCUACAGACGUGGAGUAUUGAAGAAAUUCCAACAAGAUUAGAAAAGGAAAAAUUAAGAGAUUAUGCACAACUAGAACAAAGAAUGGAAGUUGCAAAAUUAACUCACUCAGCUUCAACAUUUACCACAGGAAUAUUGGAUAUGCGAUCAACUCUAGUAGGCAUUGUGAGAGUAGACCCUGCGGAGCUGCUCGAAGAGGGUUUAUUGAAGGAGUUGGACAGGCAUAUUAGUAAAAAAUUUACUGAAUUUUUGGAACCUCAAACGAAGAAAUCUUUCACUGCACCCAACUUAUUACCACGAUUACAAAAAUUAGCUGAAAGUAUGAACGGUUAUAAAAGGUCAUUGGAAUAUAUUCAAGAUUACAUAAAUAUUCACGGCUUACGAAUAUGGCAGAAACAGGUUGCUGCCAUUAUAAAUGAAAAUGUCGACAAGGAAAUUAGUUUGCGCAAAGGCGUCACUUUAUAUAGCCCAUCCGCAGGGUUUAUGGGAAGUCUCGCUAGGCAGAUUGCACAAUUAACAGACGCCAGAUGUUGUUGUUAUGUCACGAUAUGUGCAGCUUGGUAUGAUAUUAAAAGUGAAAACGAAAUUGUUAAUACCAAAACAUUUGCGAAAUUAAAUGACGCUAUAGGGGUUGUUGGUCUUCAUGGUCUUGAUACUUUGUAUGGACAUAUGAUAAAAAAUCAGUUACAAACUAUACAACAAAUAUUCAAAAGCAGUCAUGAUAGAAUUACUGUGGUAAAUAUGAAAGAUAUCAAAGAUAUAGAACAAACUAUUUUCAAAGGUCAAAAACAAAUACAACAAUUAUUGGAAGUCUUAGUGCUUAUUGGCACAUUACAAACUCUUAGAAAACACAUUGCCUAUCAAUUGAAUACCAGUUGCAAAUUUGAUUCGGCGCAUUUGGAGUCAUCUCUAAGAACAAUGAAUGAUUCCGUGUUACAAGAAUUGAAACAAGCUAGUGGUACAGAAUAUAAAUCAAAAGUGUCAUCAACACUGAUGCAUAAUUUGGAGGAUUAUUUAGUGAGAUGUGGAAUCUAUGACCCUUUUGAUAAAAUUUACUUGAAAUUUUCACAAGAAUUUAUGAACUACAACAUAAGUCAGAUAUUAGCAAUAGUUUUAAUAUCUCAAUUACCUAAACUGCAAAUAUGCUAUACUACGGGUGAUCUGGUGUCAAAGAAGCCAGGAGAAAAUGUGGAUGGCUAUCCAUUACUUGUAGGAAUUUAUACUCUUCUGCGGCAGACAAGAAUAGACAAUAUCGAUACAUUUGUUGAUUUUCUAUGUAAUUAUGCAAGCUUGAUGACAAAUGCCAAAUCGAAGUCUUCAGAAAUAUCUUAUGAAGGCACGUUAACUAUAAGAGUACUGCAAUUGUUUUGUGAAAUCUUCGAUUAUUCUUACAAUAAACUGGAAGACAAACUUCCCCUUGCUCUUUUAACAAUUUCAUUACAAAAAUAAUUGUGAUUUGAGCUUCGAUACAAAAUGAAAUAUUGAGACAAGUUUCUUGCGAUUAAAUGAAGCAUGUUAUUAAACAAUCGACUGAAAAUAUGGCAUUAUACAGUGCUAUAAUGCGACUGUUACGGAUGAUAUUAAGUGUUUGAUAGCAGGCAUGACAAAAUAUGUCUUUUACAAUUAAUACUAACUGCUAGUACAUCUCUCUCCUUCGUAAGAUAUUAUAUAAUAAAUAGUAUUUAGUAUGGAUGUAUUUGAGUACAUUUAUAUACAGUAUAGUUAAUAAAAGUAAGAAUAUGUUGAUAAAAAGCUCUCAGAAAAGAAUUUAGUCUUCACACGAUAGAAGGCAGCAGCAAAAACAAUAUGAUAAAUGUAGCAAGAAAUAUUAAUAAAUUAAAAUGGACUGGAAAUAAUUCUAUUAAAAAAAAAAUAUGCUAAAGAUGUAAUUAUGUUCAAGAGUCGAAAGUGGAAGACAACGGUAGAGAAUAAUGAAGAUGGAGUGACGAUGUAAGAGCCAAAGCUGGCAAUGCUCUAAAUGGAAAGAAAAAAGAAGGGACGGUGAAUUAGAGUGGGCAAUGGAGUAGACCCAUGUCGAAGGACAGAGUUAUGAAUAUUAUAUUACUGUUAUGUACUUUAAAAAAAAUUGUAAAUUCAAAAUAAAAUAUGUUAAUAUUA